AGUUGUCUUGGACCACAGCACCACCUACUUAUAGAAGCAUCCCGAGCCUCAGCCCGGCUGCAUCUCCAUCGGAGAGUGCGUUCGCCAUCCCUCCGGCCUCCCGGGAGCGUUCUGACUCCCACAGCUUGGAAACGGAGAAACCUUAGCUGUGAAGUGAGCUCUAGAAACCGCACAAUUGCAUACGGACUCAGAGUGAGAGCGGGCGUGACCCUCGCCGGAGGAUCGCACUCACCGGCGGGGACGCAGCAUCCCAGAGGCUGCGGACCCGCCCGCCCCGGCGCGCUCCUGCUAGGCGCGGUCAGUCCAGAGGACCCUCCACGCACUUCGAACCCGCGGCAGCCGCCGGGAUCCCAAAGCUGGUCCGUGCUCCCGGCGGUGUCAGCAAACUUUUCCCCAGCCCACGUGCUAGCGAGGCGUCUGGCUUCCCGAGCCCGGGAUGGAGCGCCGAGCCUAGGCACGCCGCACAGCCUGAGACGUUCGAGGCGGAGAGAUGCUGAUUGCGCCGAACUGACCAGUGAGGGCCACCGGGCUAGCGGCGACUCCCCCUCGGCGUCUUCCCCAGCCGCGCGGGUGGCGCUGGCUCCUCGGAUGAACCCUCCAGUUCCCCGACUUUGAGAGGCGUCUCUCCCCUGCCCGACCGCCCAGAUGCAGUUUCGUCUCUUCUCCUUUGCCCUCAUCAUCCUGAACUGUAUGGAUUACAGCCACUGCCAAGGCAAUCGAUGGAGACGUAGUAAGAGAGCUAGUUAUGUAUCAAAUCCCAUUUGCAAGGGUUGCUUGUCUUGUUCAAAGGACAAUGGAUGCAGCCGAUGUCAACAGAAGUUAUUCUUCUUUCUUCGAAGAGAAGGCAUGCGCCAGUAUGGAGAGUGCCUGCAUUCCUGCCCAUCCGGGUACUAUGGACACCGAGCCCCAGAUAUGAACAGAUGUGCAAGAUGCAGAAUAGAAAACUGUGAUUCUUGCUUUAGCAAAGACUUUUGUACCAAGUGCAAAGUAGGCUUUUAUUUGCAUAGAGGCCGUUGCUUUGAGGAAUGUCCAGAUGGUUUUGCAUCAUUAGAUGAAACCAUGGAAUGUGUGGAAGGAUGUGAGGUUGGCCAUUGGAGUGAAUGGGGAACUUGUAGCAGAAAUAAUCGCACAUGUGGAUUUAAGUGGGGUCUGGAAACCAGAACACGGCAAAUUGUUAAAAAGCCAGCAAAAGACACGAUACCAUGUCCAACCAUUGCUGAAUCCAGGAGAUGUAAGAUGGCCAUGAGGCAUUGUCCAGGAGGGAAGAGAACGCCAAAGGCAAAGGAGAAAAAGAAUAAGAAGAAGAAGAGGAAGCUGAUAGAAAGAGCCCAGGAGCAACACAGCGUCUUCCUAGCUACAGACAGAGCUAAUCAGUAAAAUAAAAGACACAGAGGGUGGAUUUUUGUUGCUGUUGGGGGGCGGUGUUGUUUUUGCAAAAGUGCACAAAGCUACUCUCCAUUCCCAGACACUGAUGUGUGGCAUUUGUGCUGCUCUGACCAGUACCUGUUCCCAGUAACAUUGUGAAAGGAGGAGCCAUGAGCGUGGUCUCUGUAUUAUUUAUGCUUUGAUUUGCAUCUGGAGACUGAAGGCAGAGCUUGCAACCUGCAGCGGUGGCAGCAGGAGUGAGUGUACAGCAUGAGACUCAGCUCCUGGCCCCACAGAGGGGCAGGAGGUGUGAGGCUGCAGACACCCCACUGGAGAACCGACUUGUGCAUAUUUAUGGAAAGACAGCGCUUGGCAGGCAAAGUGCUAUUUCACUUGUGACCUUUAUUUCUCACAUUGUGCAUUUUCAAGGAUAAAUGUAUGUGAAUAUCUGCUUAGCGUUACCACACGUUGUUCUCAGCAUCUGUUACUUUCCAACUGUUAUGCACAGAGACGAGACUGCUUUUAGCUGGGGCUCUGCUGCAGGAAUUCCCGCUCAGUUUCACAGCAGCUUGGAUGUGUACAUACUCUGCUGGGGCUACAUAUAAACCUCUUAUUUACUGUA